UACUACUUAUCAAUAGUGGUAUAUCACCCUUUGUACUAUAAAACAGUUAAUUAAUUAAUAGAUAUAUUAUUUUUAACUAAAAUAUUAAGUAUAUAGUAAUAUAGUAUUGUACAUAAUAAGUACAUAAAGUGUUUAGUAUAUUAUUACCAAUCGGAAGUAGGGAUUGAUGUCGAAGUACCUGGAAGACAGUUAUCGGCGCCUAAAGUGGGCGAGUCAAUAUUUUUGUUUCUAACAGAAAAAAACAAUAUAUGACAUAAUAUUAUGUUGUAAUUUAAAAAAUAGUUAUGAUUACUUAAUUAGUUCAAUAGUUGAUUGAUUAUCCAUUAUUUCUUCAUUACUUAAGUUUUUGAAUAUUUUUAAACGAUCUUUCAUUAUACUUUUCAUAGAUCUCUUUUUAGAAACAAACGAUUUUGGUUUUUUGAUUUCAGUUUCAAUUUUCGGUGAGUUAGUAAUAUUCAAGUGUGAAGAUUCCACAUAGUUGAUUAAAAUUGCAUUAUAUCGAUUUUUUUCAACUAAUUUAAAGACACUUUUGUGUACAUUUUCCGAUGCAAAGUAUUCGACAUGCACAAUAGGGUUUUUAUCGUUUGGUAAUACAUUUGUGCCUGUUACUUGCCAUUCGAUCCCAUCUGAGGUAAAUUCUGUUUGAUUACAAUUUAUACAAAUAUACCACUUACCUGGCUGUGGCUCAAGUUUUGAACAUUGGACAACGUUUGAUACAUUAGUUGGGUUCCUAAGCAUUUUUUUAGCUUCCAAUAAAUUAACUUUAAAACAAUUAGUUAAAAAAUACACUUUUACAUCCUUCGUAUUGCAUUGUUGAUUUUUUGACUUAAACAUUUUUCAAUUUUUGUAUAUCAAUUUUUAAGAAAUAAAAAUAACAGACCAAAGUAGAUCACAGUUAGUGUAGUCGAGUCACACGAUCACGUCUUACUAAUUGUUAUAUGUUACAGCUAUUUACAACAUAUUAUAUUAAAAUUAAAGGAAUCUGCUGAAUAAACCCUUUUUGAACGGACGACCAGCUAUAUAUAGCUGUAUAGUCAAUAUAUUGCUGUAUAGGCAUAUAUAUAUAUGUAUAUGCGUAUGCGUAUAGUUAUAUAAGUUUUUUUUAUCUUGUCCAAAAGACUAGUGUAUAUAAUGUUGGAAUGUGUUGACUCGGGCAAAAUGAGUGUGAGAACACUUAGAUUCCCACGAUGGUCUACGUGACCAAAAAGGGCUAGAUCAGCACAUCCUAAGAGCCUCGGAGAGACCGUGACGACGGGCCCUGUUGGUGGUCAGUAGUCGAGUCUGGUCUAGAGUGUGAGCAACAGCCGUGUUGUUCAGCAAAGCAUCUUUUUAAUAGUCUUAGCAGAACCUCUUAUAGUUUUUAAUCAGUGCCUCUCAGAAUAUCUUAUAAUUAUUAGUGUGCAAAUAUACAAUUAAUUAGUGUUAAAUUCAAUAAAACAGUAAUAUUAUAAAUCACGCAAUUCUCGUGUUCUUUAUUGAUACCAAUAACAAACGUUUGAACGUCUUACGUACAAUAUUUUUUACAUCUAUCAUACUUGUUGCGAUAAAAUUUUGCUAAAGUACCUAUAUAACGUCAAAAUAAUAAACCAAAAUUACAACAAAAAUGGAUGCCUGGAAUAUGAUUUGUCGUACCAUGCUACUAUUGCUGCUAACCAAUCAUAUUAUUUCCAGUGAAAAUCGAGAUGCUGCAUUUUAUAACCUCACUCUUACCACCAAUAGUCCAGGAUUACAGUACGAGAUAAUAGGAGAAGGUAAAUUAUGUAAAAGUAGUUGGACCAUCAAUACAUUUAUAGAUUUAAAAUAUCUAAUCAAUAGCCUUAUCGAUGUAAAUACCAUGUUAAAAUCAAUCAACUCAUUUGCAAUUAAUAACACAUACCAAAUAACUCUAAAUCAGUUGGAGAAGCGUGUAAAAAAAAUUAAUACAGAUACACAGACUAUUAGACAAAUGGCUAGGCAUAGUAAAAAGGUUAGGCGAUCAUUUGAAUCUGGGGGUUCGGCAUUACAGUGGAUGUUCGGCAUUGCCGACGCUGAUGAUGUAAGAAGGUAUGAUAGUUCGAUUAACAAAUUAGAGAAUGAUCAAAAAGAUAUGAUACACAUAGUUGAAGACCAAGUUUCAAUUUUAAGGAGCACAAUAACAAAUUUUAAUGAAACCAUAACAACAUUUAAUGACAAUAAAUUAUUAUUUGAUAAAAAUAUGAAAAAAAUUGAAAACACUAUUAACACCAUGAGUAUUGAAUUAACAGACGAAAAUAAACAAAUUAUUAUUCUAAGAUUAAUAUCCCUGAUUGAAAAUAAUAUUAGUGAAUUAGAUAUAUUUGUAACGAGGUUACAAAGAAUAAUUUCAAACGUUCAAACGAAUAAAUUGGAUGUUUUUAUAAUUACACCAGAUCAGUUUUUGUCGGAAAUAAAACGAAUGGAAAAUAUCCUGCCGGAAAAUUUACAAUUCCCUAUAAAAUUUAAUGAAGAUAAUAUACAAGAAAUAUACAAAAUAUUACACAUAGACCUUCACCCAAUGAACGAUAGACUAAUAUUUUCAAUAAAAAUUCCAUUAUGUAUCAUCGACAUUUUCAAAUUAUAUUAUAUUCUACCGAUAUAUGUUCCAAUCAAUGAAUUAGGACAAUUUAUACAUAUGACUGAAAAUCCAAUGUACUUAAUAACAGACGAUUUGGUGACAAAUUAUUUUAUUUGGUCUAAUAUCAAUAACUGUGUAAAAGUUGCUAACACUUUUGUUUGUGGUUUUAAUGAAAUCAUACACAAUAGUGUUACUGAUCCCAUUUGUGUAACAGAAAUAUUAAAAAAUUCUAUAGCCAAACCUACCCAAUGUGAUACUUAUAUCACUGAAUUUAAAAAAGAGUUAUGGUACCCAUCAUAUUUCAAAAAUAAUUGGUACUUUGUAUGUGUAAAGCCUACUAUAAUCACGAUAAUUUGUAAUAAACGAUCUUUUAUUCAUAGGCUAACAUUAAAAAGUUCUGGUAAAUUAUUCCUGAAAGCUGGUUGUCUUGCUCAAACGACUCAGGGCGUUAUAAUAACAGAACAAAUAUUAGAAUCGUCAUUUGUAACACAACCUUUAGAGUUAAGCCUUUUAAAUGAUUCGUGCUGUAAUAUUGCAGUUAAUCGACUAUAUCCGAAACCCAUUCAUUUAGAUGAAAUUAAAAAUUUAAAAUUUGAUAAAGAGUCUUUCGAUAAAAUAAACGCAAAAUUAGAUCAACAAGAAAAAUUAUUAAAUUCACUUACAUUAGAAAAAACCUAUGAAUUUGUAUAUACAAAUAAAUAUUUGAUUACGAUAAUAGCUGUUAUAUUAUUAUACUUAAGUAUAAAAUUUUGUAUAAAAAAAAAAAAAUCAGCUUUAGAAAAUAUAAAUUUAGGUUAUUAUCCUAAGCCCAUGGUUCAAACAUAA